AUGGCAAAACUAGCAAAAUCUCAGAUUAAGAACAAUCAAGAACAAGCUACCAUUAAUGUAAGAGUUGAUUCAUCUCUGAAGAAUCUUGAGGUUCAAAUGGGGAAAAUUGCAACUGUAGUGACUACACUUUAUAAAGGGGGAUUACUAAGCAAUACGAAGACUAAUCAUCGUAGAGAAGGAAAUGAGGAGUGCAAAGCAAUUACCUUAUGGAGUAGAAAGCAAUUAUUUGAAAUUUCCCCUCCUACUUCUAAGUCAAUACUUAAGCUAGAAAUUGAUCAAACUGAGCAAGAGAUUUCAAAAGAAGGUAUUAGAGGAGCAAUACAAGAAAUUAUUAGGAAUCUUCAAGCAAUUGCACACAUCAACAUACCUCUUAUUGAAGCAUUAGAGAAAAUACCUCAACAUGCUAAAUUCUUGAAGAAGAUAUUGAGUAAGAAGAGGAGGUUGAGUGAAUGUGAAACAGUUGCACUUACUGAAGAGUACAAUGCCAUUCUCUUGAACAAAUUGGCUCCAAAAUGCCAUGAUCCAGGUAGUUUCUCAAUUCCUUAUGUGAUUGGAGAUAAAUUUCAAGGUGGGGCAUUAUGUGAUUUAGGCUUAAGUAUCAACUUGAUGCCAGUUUCUAUAUUUAGAAAAUUACAACUUGGUGAAGCUAGUUCCACUUCAGUAACUCUUCAAUUAUCUUAUAAAAGUUUGGCAUUUUCUAAAGGUAAAAUUGAGGAUGUGUUAGUCAAGGUUGAUGAAUUUAUCUUUCCUAUAGAUUUCAUUGUCUUGGAUUAUGAUGAAGAUAGAAAUCUCCCACUCAUUGUGGGUACAUCAUUUUUAGCUACAGCAUGA